AUGGAAAAUAACUUUGACAUUCCUACAAAUUAUACAUCUCCUACCUGGCCUUCUCUUUACUGGCCUUUUAGCACUGCGAAUUACUUGUACUACGAAAGCGAUAUUUGGAAAUUCACUGCUAUUUGGACCAUAAUAUUUUUUACAUUCAUAUAUGGUUUCGCGGGAUUGUGUACUUGGGCAGUUUUUCGUAAAUAUCGAUGGUCAUUUUUAAUUCCAAUAGGAUUCAUUAUUAUAGCGCUGUUAACGGGACUUAUUAAUAGUGUGAUAAUUG